AAAAAAUAUACGUUUUUUCGAGAAAAAACAAAAAAAAAAAAAUAUCUUCUCUCUCUACACUCUCUUUUUCAUAAUUUUAUCAAAAAAAGAUAAUCCUUCUGCCUCUUUGAAUCUUCAUUACCAAAUUGACCAUGCCGUUUCGGUCGAACUUGAAUGCUUUGCUUUCCUCCUUAUUUCUUUCAUUUUUUGUCUGUAUUUCCUUUUGAUGGGUAUCUCACACCACAUUUGCCUUGAGUAGAAGAUCGUUGAAUUUGGAAUAGUAAGGAUUUUUUUUUGCUUUUUAUGUUCGUGGCCACAAAAUAAAGAGAGAUCCGUCAGCUGCCAAAUAUCCUUUGCUUUCGUUCCAGUUUUUUGGUUUUUGCCUUCGCGGUCUCAUCCCUCUUUAGGGUUUCUGAAUUCAUUGUGGUUCAUUUUUCUAACGUAGAGUAGAGAAGUUUCCCCCUUUAAUUACCCUGGGCAAAUCUAUAAUUCUUCGACCUUUGAUUGUGAAAUCUUUAUCCUGUGGUUUUUGCUUGUGUUCGAAUGAUGAUAAAGUUCAUGUCUGUUUGGAAAAAAAAAGUGUGAUUUGUCUUGCAGUGUUUUUAGCUUCUGAAGAACUUCAGUCUAAAGUUUAGACAAUAGGAGGUGGAUAAAAAGAUAAAUCUUCAGCUGGUUGACGCUGCCAAAGUCCCUGAAUUUAAUCAUGGCGAGAGGCAAAGUUCAGAUGAGGCGAAUUGAGAACGCGACAAGCCGGCAAGUCACCUUUUCAAAGCGCCGGACUGGGCUACUGAAGAAAGCUUAUGAGCUCUCAGUCCUCUGCGAUGCCGAAGUGGCCGUGAUCAUCUUUUCACAGAAAGGAAGGCUUUACGAGUUCUCAAGCAAUUCCGAAAUCCGAAAGACAAUUGAUCGAUAUUGUAGAUCUACAAAUGAUGCGGCUAUAUACCAGGCUUGUAUGGAACAAUAUAUUCUGCGUCUGAAGCAAGAAACCACUGAUAUGGAGAGGAAGAUUGAGCUUCUUGAAGUUUCUCUACGGAAGCUAUCAGGACAAUGUCUUGGAUCUUGCUCGAUGGACGAAAUCCAAGAGAUAGGGGAUCAGCUCGAGCGAAGUUUGAGCAGCAUUAGGGAAAGAAAGGUAUGGGGACAACAUGCACACACGAAAGUUAAAAUAUUUCUACGGAACUCUUUUACAGGCUCAAUUAUUGAACGAUCAAAUACAGCAGUUGCAAGCAAAGGAGAGGUCUCUGAAAGAAGAGAAUGCAAAGCUUCUUGCAAAGGUGUCGCCCUCUUUCCCAUCGGUGCUUUAGUUUCCUUCCUAUUACUUGCCAUGCAUCAUCACUCUUCUGUGCAUAUAUUAACCACUAUCCAAAAACUUGCGAAACCUGCAAUAGAAUCUCUCAAUAAUUUUUAUGUAUGAUCUAACAAUGCAGUUUUAUGAGCUGCUAAGACCAGAAAGAGAGGUCUUUAAUGAUUAAUAAUGUUUUUUGCCCUAAUGUUCUAAGAGGCUUGUGUAGUGAAGAAGCUUGUUGCUUUUGUCCAUCAAACCAAUAUUAGUAGAUUGUGUGCUGUACAGUUUGUCGUGCUGGUUAAAUUUGCUGGUCAUCAAUUUGUCCUGUUUUCUAUUAGUCCCGGUGUUAAAACAUUUAAAGAGUGCUGCAACGUUAUCAAUUUUUAUGAAAAGGACAAUACACAAUGAGAGAUACUUAAUUUCAGGGUUAUGUACUGGUAUUUAUAUUGAACCUUUCUCUAUCAGUGAGGAGUUUUGUUUUUGAUAGGGUAAUUUAGAAUGAGCAGAUAGGUUGAACAUCACCGAAGAAUUCUAUGAUCUUGAGACCGUAUGACCUGCUUGAAACUUAAUACUACUUCUAAGCUACUAAUCCAAGUUGAGAAAAUUAUCACCACACUGAUAAAUUUACUGUCACAAGAUACAAUUCUAUUUUUCUUUUUUACAUGGAAUUGUAGACAAACUCAAAUCUCUGUGUCCUUCUAUGAUCCCGCACUUGAUCUGUUAAGAAAGUGAUGGACUCCAUAAUGGAAGUUACUAGUACAGAGUUACGAACUCAUGCUGGGAAAACAAAUUAUAUGGGAAUUGUGAUCAAGAGACACAACUGUGUAUUGGACUAUAGGACUGUAGACGGACCUACAUCUGUCUUUUUGUGCUCCCAUGACCAUUACUUGAUGUGCUUGGAAAGUUAUUGACUUGAAAAGAAAAAAAUCACUAGCACUAAGUUAGUGACCUACGUUGUGAAUAUCACAAUUUUGAGAAUAUUUAUUUCACGGAUGAAUAUAUUGGGUUUUCCAACUGUGGACUAUAGAUGCAGCAAAAGUUCUUAGUGAGCACAUUUGGCAUACAUAGUCACUUUUCGAGCUUUUUUUUUCUUGUCUUUUUUUAGAAUGGAAGAGAAUCACUUCUAGAGUUGUUGGGAUAAAUUCAACUUUCCCGGUGAAAAUAUCACGAAGUUAGUAAUUGCCAAUGUGGCAAUAAAAAUUAGUAGCACAAUGUUUUGAGUAAUUAAUGUUGAGGAAAGUACUACCCAACUUACCAUCAUCAUGUACAAUUCUAUACUUCUAACGUGGGAUUGUUGAAGGACUGAAAGUUCCUAUGUCUUUCUAUGAUUCUGUAACCAUUAGUGGAUUGUUUAGAAAAUUCUAACUCGAUAACAAAAACUAAUAGCCUUUUAAUAUGACCACUGUUAAAAAAAAUUACAACAUGGAGUAUGUUACUUUCAUGAGAUAGUCUGUACUUUAGACAUUGACUAUAGGUGGAACCAAAGCUUGUAGUCAUGUCCAGCGUAGCUAGCCACUGUUAGAGUUUUUUUUUUUUUUUUUUUUUUUUUCUGACCAUGGAGGAGAGAUCCUCAUCUAGAGUAAGAUGUUGGGAAAGUUGAAAUCUCCCGGUGACCAUUAAUAGAUCUAAGUGCAUAGACAGAUGCUUCGUCACCUAAUUAGAUCCCAUGAAAGGCUUGUUCUCUACUUGUAAAUCUCAAAUUGCGUUGAAGCUUUUUCCCAUUUUAAUUGAGUGACAGUUUCCAGGUUCUCCAUCACCA